CCUAAACUUCGACAUUUUGUAGUAUUUUCUUCCGUUUCCUGCGGCAAAGGAAAUGCUGGACAAACUAAUUAUGGUAUGGCCAACUCCAUUAUGGAGAGAGUGUGCGAAAAGAGGGCGGAGGAAGGCUUACCAGGAUUGGCGAUUCAGUGGGGAGCUGUGGGUGACGUGGGUCUCGUCGCAGAUAUGCAAGAGGACAAUAAAGAAUUGAUUAUCGGUGGCACUAUGCAGCAAAAGAUAUCCUGCUGUCUCGACGAACUGGAUAAAUUUUUAGUUCAAAACCGACCGAUUGUGAGCAGCAUUGUUGUAGCUGAAAAAAAAUCGAAUUUUAGCGAACUGAGCAUAGUAGAUGUUGUUGCCAAUCUUUUAGGUAGUUACGCUCAUGUAAAAUAAUUUUUUGCACGUAUAAUCAUGAAUUCAAUUGUCUGGA